CCGCAGCGCAACCCCGCGUCUUGCCGCCCCGCAUUCGCAAGGAUCAAGCACUGUCGCACCGCAUCUCUGACUUCCCGCGACAACGCAACAACGCCGGCCUACACUGCCGGACAGGCGGCUAUGACGACUUCAUUCCUCGCCUCGCGCGGCUUUCCUUUUCUUCCUCUCGUUCCUCUUCGUCUCUACUCGCGAAGACACCAUCACUCCCACCCCGAACGACAUACUGAUUGAAAGAACAAACUCACAAUGACCGCCGCCAUACGCAUUGCGCCCUCGCGCGCCGCUCGCGCCGUCAACCUCCUCCGCACCAUCCAGUACACCCACCCGCCCAGCUGCCCCUGCCACAGCAAUCCCGCGCACCACCACCACUCGUCCUUCUCGCCGCCUUUGACUUCGCAACCUCGCCGCUCUCGUGGUCUCGCCACGCCGACGGACCCCGCUCGCCAGAAGGAGUACGCGUUCGAGCUCGCGGCCAGCAGUAUCCGCUUCGGCGCAGGCUGUACGAACGAGGUGGGCAUGGACGCGGCGAAUCUGGGCGCGCGGCGCGUGAUGCUGGUCACGGACGCGGUUGUGGGGAAGCUGGAUGGCGUGAAGAGGGUGAAGGAGGCGCUGGAGAGGGAAGGCAUUGACUAUGAGGUUUAUGGGAAGGUGAGGGUUGAGCCCAAGGACAGUUCAGUCAAGGAAGCUAUUGCAGCAGCAAAGCCGUACAAUCCGGAUCUGUUCAUUGCAGUUGGAGGUGGCUCCGUGAUUGAUACCGCGAAGCUGAUGAACUUGUACACAUGUUUCCCCGACGCCGACUUCCUCGACUUCGUCAACGCACCCCUCGGUGCCGGCAAACCCAUCACGCAAAAACUCAAGCCCCUCAUCGCAGUGCCAACCACCGCAGGCACCGGCUCCGAGACGACGGGCACGGCAAUCUUCGACCUCGAGUCCAAACGUGCAAAGACAGGCAUCGCGCACCGCAACCUGAAGCCGACGCUCGGCCUCUGCGACCCGCUAAACACGCGCACCAUGCCCUCGGCCGUGCACGCCUCCUCAGGCCUCGACGUCCUCUGCCACGCCCUCGAGUCCUGGACCGCCCUGCCGUACACGGAGCGCGUGCCCCGGCCCAAAAACCCCAUCGAGCGGCCCGCCUACCAAGGCGCCAACCCCAUCUCCGACAUCUUCUCCCUGCAGGCCCUCCGCAGCACAGUCAAGUUUCUCCCGCGCGCCGUCAAGGACCCCGACGACUUCGAAGCCCAGGAACAGAUGCUGCUCGCGGCGACGCUGGCCGGCGUCGGCUUCGGCAACGCCGGCGUCCACCUCUGCCACGGCAUGAGCUACCCCAUCUCCGGGCAGAAUCCCUCGCAGUACCGCCAUGCGGGCUACGAUGUCCCGACACCCCUGAUCCCGCACGGCGUGUCCGUCGCCGUAUCCGCGCCCGCGGUAUUCCGCUUCACGGGGCCCUCGAAUCCGGACCGCCACCUCGCCGCCGCGGAGGCGUUUGGUGUGGACGUCGCGGGCGUGAAGCGCGAGAGCGCGGGCGAGGUGCUGGGGGAGGCGUUGGCGGAGUUUCUGGUCAAACUCGGGGACCAGCCGCGAGGGCUCAAGGCGCUGGGGUUUAAGAGCGGGGACGUGGACGCCUUGGUCGAGGGCACGAUUCCUCAGAAGAGGGUGCUGAUGCUGGCGCCGAACUUGGAGCUGGAGAGCGCGGAUGCCGAGAGGGAGCAGUUGCGGGGGCUGUUUGAGGAUGCUAUGAGUUACUAGUGGAGGGGAAUUGAAACUUGGGAUGUUUUCAUGCGGGUUCCAUCACUUCUUCUUUAUUUACGAGCUUGGUUCUUGCAUGUUUGUCUACAUACAAAUUAUACCCCCACAAACCCCCUACACGUUCCCC